GUUUGUGCAGCUCCAACAAUGCAGCUUUUAAUGGUGCUGUGAGCAUUGCAACAGCGCAGGCUUGUCGGGACACGAGCAGUCCUUCACAUUGGACACCCGACACACCGCUUGACGUCCGUCCAGCCUCCCGGGCGGCUCCGCCGCGGACACCGGGACGUCUCCAGCCUCCCGCCGGGGUUUCUAUCUUAAGAAUAGAAGAUGUGGAUGGCUUAGGUGCUCAAGGAACUCACAAAGAAGAAUUUGAAGAUGAGCACAACGGAAAUGGCAACAACUCCGAGCAGUUUCGUUGACCUGUGACCAGCCAUGUCAUCCCUGCGCCACUCAUCGAGGGAGAACCCCUCUUCCAGUGCAGGACUGUGUCCUUUCAUAAAUUUGGAAGAAUAGUCGAACCCCACAAUAGAAAUGGCAACGGCUUCUGUGAGCUACGACACGUCAGACUACAUAUUAGAGUACAGGUGAGGCUCAGCCUGUACCCACAGCACCCGUAAGACUCUAAGCAGCUGCAGAUGUCUUCUGCAGAAAGAAAGAGUCAAAGCUUUGAUGAUUUAGUAUCCAUUCCACUGCCUUACUGACAAGGUCGAUCAUGGCUGCUGCUGCUGCUUCCCAUAGCAACGGUUCCUUGGUGAGGCGAGGAACAGACUAAGAGGGUCAACAAUGCAGCGAAACGGUGGUGGAGUGGGCAUCGGAGGCCAGCCGUGGGUGUUCCGGCGCGUACGUCUCACAUGGCUCAGUUUCAUGCUCUUUUUCAUCUUGGUCUUCUUCCCACUCAUUGCUCAUUACUACCUCACUACAAUUGAUGAAGCUGGGGGUCCUGAUAAACGCAUCUUUGGGCCGCGGCCCGGCGGUGAACUCUGCGAGGCCAAACACGUACAGGACCUGUGUCGCAUCCGUGAGUCUGUCAGCGAGGAGCUGCUGCAGCUAGAGGCAAAGAGGCAAGAACUCAACGGGGAGAUCGCACGGCUCAACCUCCGGAUCGAGGCUUGCAAGCGCAGUAUUGACAGUGCCAAGCAGGACCUGCUGCAGCUGAAGAACGUUAUCAGCCAAACAGAGCAUUCCUAUAAAGAACUGAUGGCCCAGAACCAGCCCAAGCUGUCUUUACCUGUCAGGCUGCUGCCAGACAAGGAAGACCCAGGGUUACCACCACCCAAGUCUGCGCGCUCCUGCCGCCUGCGCUCUUGCUUUGACUAUGCCCGCUGUCCCCUUACCUCCGGCUUUCCUGUGUAUGUCUAUGACACUGGCUCAUAUCCAUGGGGGGACUAUGUUGACCCACUGGUGAAGCAGGCUUUCGCUGCAUCUGUAAAGAGCAACAUUUAUGUAACGAAUAACCCCAGCAUUGCUUGUCUCUAUCUAGUACUCGUAGGAGAGCUACUGGAAUCGUCCUCCUCCCCUCUGCCACCUCCCUCGGAGCUGGAGAAGCAACUGAAAGCUCUUCCUUACUGGAGAUCAGAUGGACACAAUCAUGUGCUUGUGCAUCUUUCUAGAAAGUCUAUGACACAGAACUUCCUUUAUAAUGUGAGCACAGGACGAGCAGCAGUUGCACAGUCCACCUUCCUGGACCAGCAGUAUCGCGAGGGCUUCGACAUGGUCGUGUCCCCCCUGGUUCAUGCGCUCUCAGAACCCAACUUUUUGGAAGUGCCACCUCAAGUUCCCAUAAAGAGGAAGUACCUAUUCACUUUUCAGGGUGAGAGGGUGGAGUCCCUGAGGAGCAGCUUGCAGGAGGUGCCCCCUCAGUCUUUCGAGGAGGAAAUAGAGGGAGAUCCACCAGCUGAUUACGAUGAUCGGAUCAUUGGCACCUUAAAAGCGGUACAAGACAGCCAUCUAGAUCAGGUGCUGGUUGAGUUCACCUGCAAAAACCCAAGGCCAAGUUUGCCGACAGAGUGGGCUAUUUGUGGGGACAGAGAGGAAAGGCUGGAGGUGCUAAAGGCUUCUACUUUUGCCCUGGUAAUCUCCCCAGGGGAUGGACAAUUGGUGGCCUCAGCAGGCUGUGCCAUGAGGCUGUUUGAAGCCUUAGAAGUAGGGGCCAUCCCUGUUGUGUUGGGAGACCACUCCAAACUACCCUAUCACCAGUUUAUCCGCUGGAGUGAAGCUGCCAUUAUAGUCCCCAAACCCCGUGUGACAGAGCUUCAUUUCCUGCUGCGCAGCUUGUCAGACAAUGACAUGCUGGCUAUGAGACGUCAGGGACGCUUCCUGUGGGAAACUUACUUCUCAACCUCAGAGAAUGUACUUGGCACCAUCCUGGCCAGUAUCAGAACCAGCAUCCAGAUUCCUGCUGCACCCAUAAAAGAUGAACCAGCUCACGAGAUUCCUCAUAAAGCCGGAAAAUUGGCAGGAACUGACGCCAACCUAGCUGACAAUGGGGAUCUUGAUCUGGGUCCAGUAGAGACGGAGCCCCCCUACGCCUCUCCUCGCUUCCUCCGUAACUUCACUUACACGGCCGUAGACACCUACAGAUCAUGGAACCGAGCCCCGGGGCCCUUCCAUCUGUUUCCUCACACCCCUCUGGACCCUGUGUUGCCCUCCGAAGCCAAGUUCCUUGGCUCUGGUACCGGUUUCAGACCUAUUGGUGGAGGCACAGGAGGCUCUGGGAAGGAAUUCCAGGCUGCCCUGGGUGGGAACGUGCCCCGGGAACAGUUCACUGUAGUGAUGCUGACUUAUGAAAGGGAGGAGGUGCUGAUGAACUCACUGGAGAGGUUGAAUGGGCUGCCGUACCUUAACAAGGUAGUGGUGGUGUGGAAUUCACCCAAGCCUCCUUCAGAAGACCUGCUGUGGCCAGAUAUUGGACUGCCUAUUGUGGUUAUUCGCACAGAGAAGAAUAGCCUCAACAACCGCUUCCUUCCCUGGGACGCCGUGGAAACCGAAGCCAUCCUGUCCAUAGAUGACGACGCUCACCUCCGCCAUGACGAGAUCAUGUUUGGGUUUAGAGUGUGGCGUGAGGCCAGGGAUCGCAUUGUGGGUUUCCCUGGGAGGUAUCACGCGUGGGACGUCAACCAUCAGUCCUGGCUCUACAACUCCAACUACUCCUGUGAGCUCUCCAUGGUCCUAACAGGAGCCGCCUUCUUCCACAAGUACUACGCGUACCUGUACUCCUACGUGAUGCCACAGGCCAUCAGGGACAUGGUGGACGAGUACAUAAACUGCGAGGACAUCGCCAUGAACUUCCUGGUCUCUCACAUCACCCGCAAACCACCCAUCAAGGUGACCUCGCGCUGGACCUUCCGCUGCCCCGGCUGCCCGCAGGCUCUAUCACACGACGACUCGCAUUUCCACGAGCGCCACAAGUGCAUCAACUUCUUUGUCAAGGUGUACGGCUACAUGCCGCUGUUGUACACACAGUUCCGUGUGGACUCUGUGCUGUUUAAGACUCGUUUACCCCACGAUAAAACCAAGUGCUUCAAGUUCAUCUAGUGUGGGGCGUCUCAGCAGAAAAACCAAAAGCAGAGUGGAUUGAAGGACUGGAAGCGGUGUAAAGACGAUCGCAGCUUCCACUAAAUGCAGUGAUGGAGAUGGAUGUGUGGUCUGCAGGACAAAUGCAGAAUCUGCUGAGGUGGAUAGACCAGUUAACCCGAACAUCUGCUGGUCCUGCUGGUCUGUUCCACAAAUCAGCUAAAAUUCAAACAGCGGAAACUGAAAGAGAUUAAAUGCUCAGAAAAGAAGCCUUUGCAGCAGACGCCACUCCUCCUUCAUGCUCUUCAAUCAUGGUCAACCAUCAACCACUACAUGUCAUUUGCACCGCUCACCUGCCCGCCGAGGAAGGGAGGCAGUUUUACAGUGUACAGAAACAUUACCCAGGCAUGGAGAUGAGUAACUGACAAACAGAUGCCAACAAACUAGUGGUUUCAGCUGAGAGCAAUUUACAGUUACAAACUGUACUUAUGUUAGAGAAGAAGCACUGACGGGCAGAUGUAUUUUAUUGAACUUUCAUUUUUUUUUUUUUUUUUUUUAAAUGAUGUUUAAAUGUGCAAAUCUAUUUGGAGUCAACAUUUUUCCAGGACCUCUGCCUGUGGGAGAUCAGAAUCAUGUUUAACCAGCAUGAAGCGCACGAGAGGGAAUUCACUUCAGCAGUCACCAUAAUGCCUCGACUCUGUCAUGAAAACCAGCCAUCGUUUUGUCACGUUGCUACGCUCACAUGAUCUGCACUUUGUGCGUGUGUAAAACCUUUUUUUUUUUUUUUUUUUUUUAAAUCCUACGGGGUGUUAAUACUUUGUAAAGUGGGUUUAAGUAGUCAUGCUCAGAUGUGAUAAUAUUGACCAAAUAUUAUCUGCUUUGUUGGAGUUUGCUGGAGUCCUGAGUCAAAAACCACAGCUGCCAGAAUCAACAAAAUGCUCUAAUUAUGCAGAAUGUAGAGUUGGGAAUCUGGUGAAACUAGGAUGACAUUUGGUGAAUGCACCUGUUUGUUUUCUGGUGGAGAUGGAUACAUUUUCCAGUUGGGUUGUUAAAUCUAAAACCUCAAAAAUGGUUCAGGUAAGACGAGGAGAAGCUGUCAGGACCCUGUCCGAAACUAACAAAUAUAAACUAGUAGCACCUCUGCAGCUCGCCAAUUAAUGCAUUAUAUCUCAUUUUAUGAUGGAGGUGAUUCAUUCUAUCAGUCUUUGGAGGCUCUGAAGCAGUUGCCAGGCAACAGGCCAAGACUCCUUGAAGUUAAUAGUCCCAGUCAUACAAUAAUCCAGCACACAACCACUCAUAAACUCACGAGUUGUCUCUUUUAUUAUAUCAGUGGUAACAGCAAAUGACUUCUAAUGUGUUUAAUAUUUCAGAUUUCUUUUAAACAUCUAUGCACUAAGAGAUUGGUGUCAGUCCUCAUCUAAAUCUCCACCAGAAAGCAAAUGCACACGUUUUUUUUCUUUACUUUUUUUUUUAAACAUGCAGCCAUAACGGGCUUUGCAGGUCAAGUAUUAGACACAUUCCACCCCGUUCAUGUUGUCCCUCGUUGUAAAGCUCACACAGACAGAAAUACCACUUUAUCAUGUAACCAUAUUGGUUCAUUUAGUCUUUAACCUUGAUGAAUGUUUUUUUUUUUUUUUUUUUUGCCAAACAGGUACAGUGUCUGCAGCUUUUUUUUAAGCAUUAAUUUGCAGAAUUCUUGCUAAAAUGACGCAGUCUGGUACACCCAUGUGGUACUUAAGUCAAACUACUGGAGCCUAAUCCAUCAUGUAUGUAUUAUAAAUCCAGAAUCCUUCAUUUGACUGUCUUUAAUUUAUGUAAUCUGAACAAAAGACAGUGGCCCCCCCACCCAUCCACAAUAGUUUUCUGUGAGGAUGCUUUUAAAAAACACACAAUUUCACAAGUAGAUGGAUCCUGUAUAUUUAUUGAAUAUAUUAUUGAAGAUUUUUUUUUUUUUAAAUGGGUGAGACAUGCAAUAAAAAGAUAAGACAUUGUAGUUUAUUAUUCCAAAUCAAACAGACUUGAACCUAAAGGAGCCAUCUUGUUAUCUUCAUUGCCAAUGAAAAGUAUUUUGGUGCCUCUGAAUGUGGGGUGGGGGAGGAGGAAUCUCCACCGUCUCCGCUGGCUCCGUCUACUCUGCAUUCCCUCCCAGUGAAAUAAAGAUGCCUGAUCAGGCCUGUUUACCCCAGAGGGAUAAAACCAGGAGCCAUAUUCUUAAUUAGUUUGUUGUGAAUUGACCAGAACAAAUCCUCAUUUCAUCUUUAUCUUGCAGUCGCAAAUUUGAAAAACCAGCCAGACGUCUAACCUCCUCAUCACAUCGCAGAACUUUUAUUGGAACUCCCGGGCCUUCGGUACUGCCCGUUUCUCUCCGAACAAGUCCUCGGGGCCGGGUUCGGGGUCAGCUGGUGGUCCUACCGUACAUCUUCAGUGAUCUGUGGCUCAGUGCAGAGAAGAUUUGAAGGCUGCAGUCACCCUGUAGAAUGUAAAGAGCAGUGGUGGAAUGCUGGGCGACCAUGGGCCACCGGCAGCACUGCUUGUUCUGUACCAGACGACAACGUUAAACGUCCCGUUGAAAGCUAAAUUAUUGGAAAUAAAAACUCAACAUUGUUUCCAAGAAAAGAAAAACAAAAUCAAGAGUCUUGUGUCUGUUGAAAUUUGAAUAGAUUGGGACAUUACUGGGGGAAAUGUUGAAGAUUCACAUCCUUCAAGGACCACACACAUUCUGUUUACAUCUCAAUAUUACAAAAAAUAACAGGUUGCAGCUCUUUCAAUCAGUGGAGAAAAUUAUAUUUCCCACUUCACAAGGGACGGCUGUCAUUUCCUGGAUGGAACCAGUUGCCAAGCAACCGGAACAUAUUUUAACGCAAAAGAAAUAGUCCCAGGGCACAACUUGUUGCAUAAAUAAUACAUAAAAGUUGUAGUGCAAGUUGGCUGUUUCACUAAAUUCACUGGCUACUGCCUCCAACUGGAAACAAAAGUCGAAUCUUAACUGGAAGAAAAGUGAACAGC